AAUUAAUCAUCAGUACGAGGUUAAUCAACAUUAACAGUCAAUCAAGCCAGAAUGAACGGUUAUCAAUAGUAAAAGAAUUAUUGUAAGGCAUAAGAGGAAAGGUUAUCCGGAGCUACUCAAAUCUUUUGUAAACCUGUACACACAGUCCCUCGUGGGAUUAAUUGCAUGGUGAAUGGCGAAGCUCGGUGGUUUAUUCUGGCAGCUAUACCUUGUCACAGACUCAGCUGCGAGAAGUUCAAGGCUAGUCCUCUUAAACAGAUCAAUGUCAGGAAUCGGGGAUGUGGCGUGCUGUGCCGUUAAAAAGCAACGCCGAACAAGAGAUGGGCAGCAUCAUGCGCACCUUAGAUGUGAUACUUCUGAGCUUUGCAUUAGUGGGAGAUGCUCUGACAGAACCUGGCAGGGAUUGGAAGUGUGGCGAUCGGCGAUUGAGAACCCUCAUAAGCGAAGAGCAGUUGGUAGGUAUGCAAUAGGUUGUAGAUGGCUGAGUGAAUCUUACAGUAUUGUCUUGGCGGACCGGGGGGGGGGCCAACAAGGUCACUGACUUUAUCUUGCCAAGACCUCAGAGCCUGAAAAUUGACAUUUGGUGUAUGGCGAU